UAUGCGAGUCCCCAGCGCAGAUCAGUCCUCGCGGUGAUGAUUCGAGCGGCGCUGUGGCUGUUCGUCGGUGUCGCGUCACUGGUGUUAGUGUGCGUGUGUGCGGAGGAAAAGGCCCAGGAUGGAAGGGACGUCCCCCCCGGGGUGAACCACGCUGACCACCUCGAGAACGACAGCACCGGCGCCCAGAUCCUGAGCGUCGUCAUCAGAGGCGUCGCAGACCGGAAAAAUUUCGAGGAGAUUCGCAAAGAGAUAUACCUGGACGUUCUGACCACCUCAAAAUGGGCAGUAGACAUCCUAGUGCAAAAGUCGUCUUUGGACUACACGAAGCACUUACUAAAAUCGGCCGAUUUGGAGUUCAAGGUUUUAAUCGAGGACAUUCAAAAGCAAAUGGAAGCCGAAAACCCCCCUGAGUCCAAGGAGUCUUUGUCAAGAUCUUCAUUACGAGGACAUGGACUGACUUUUGAUCGCUAUCACUCCGUGGACACAAUGUACCAAUACAUGGAAUACCUGAAUCGGACUUACAGCGAUUUCGUUAAACUGGAGGACAUCGGAACCUCUGCGGAGGGGAGAACGCUGAGGGUACUGUACAUCUCGAGUGGGCAACCAAAUAGGAAAGCCAUCUGGAUCGAUGGAGGGAUCCACGCUCGCGAGUGGGUGGCCUCGGCGGCGGUGCUGUGGGUUCUGUCGGAGCUGACGGAGAAGCGGGAACGGUUGCCGGAGGAGAUGCGGGAGCUGGACUUCGUGGUGAUGCCGAUGGUGAACCCGGACGGGUACGAGUACACGCGGGCGAGGCGCUCGACGCGGCUGUGGCGGAAGAACCGGGCGCCGGUGAGCUCGGCCUGCGCCGGCGUCGACGUCAACCGCAACUUCGAGCACGGCUGGGGCGGGCACGGCACCAGCGGCGAGGCCUGCAGGGACACCUACCGCGGACCCCGCCCCGCCUCCGAGAGGGAGACCCAGGCCAUCGUCAGCUACGCCGCCAAGAACAUCCCCAAAAUCCAGGGUUUUUUGACAUUUCACUGCUACGGGCAGUAUAUACUGUAUCCAUGGGGCUACGAUAAGAUACUGCCCGAGGAUCACGCGGAUUUACAGAGAGUCGGUGAGAUUGCGGCUCAGAGGAUAAAAGAAGUUGGAGAUGUGAACUACACUGUCGGCAGCAGCGCCAACCUCCUAUACCCUGCUGCAGGGGGAUCCGACGAUUGGGCAAAAUCGAAGGGGGUCAAAUACGCAUACACGGUGGAACUUCGAGGCCCUGGAUAUCCUGGAGGAUUGAACAGCUUCUUUCUACCCCCGGAACAGAUCAUCCCCAGCGGAAAAGACGCAUUCGAAAUCGUCAGGACUGUGGCUGAAGCAAUAGUCCUGCAACCUUCAUGAAAACUUACAAGGACAAGAGAAUAGAGUAAAUUUACAUAUCAUAACACGAUUUUUUUUUAAUAUCAGUUUAUUUUAUUUUCAUUUAAAAAAAUAAAUAAAUAAAAACAACGUUUUAUGGAGCUUUAAUAACGCGAGUGACGCAUUUUUCGCAUUUUUGAAGAGCAUUGGAGUUGAGUAUAUUGAAGGGCUGUGCUGACGUAAAUAUCGAUGGUUAAAGUAAAAAAAAAUGCUUAUCUUAUUUUGUGACGCUGUGAGUCUAUACUCAUAUAAAUUUUUUUUGAAGAAAUACGGAGGAAUAGUUUCUCUGCAAAUGUUGCGUAAAUUUUCUUCACCCUCAUUUCUACGGGGUCAAGAACAACCCCUGUUCUAGGAGGUUUUCUAUAACUUACAUUAAUUUUUAAAUGCCCCCUGAACUUCGCUGAAAACUUAACUAAUCACAGAUUCUAUAGUACCCAUGCCUUGUAAAUUUAUGUAAUUUCUAGCCGUCUCAGAUAGUAUUUCACAGAGUUAAUAUAUUUUUCUUACUGUUCAAUUCCAUUCUUGACCUGUACCACAGCCAAUCGGCUUUCACGUUCAAAAUGUGCAAAAUAUGAAUAAAUACUAUAUUAUAUCAUACUCUAUAAUAUAACAUCAUAAAAGGAACGGGCAACGUACAACGCCUGAUUCGCGGAGCGCUUUACCUCUGAAAAGUUACACAAAAUUGCAAGGGAACAUUUUUAAAAUUUUCCCUCGAAGGAAAUAAAACAUAAUCCGAGAUAUUUAAAUGCUGCUAUUGUGAUACACAUUUUUUUUCAUUUAGUCAACGAUAUUAAGUUUGACAAUCAUUUUAAUUGAAAGCAAAAUACACUUUGUUAUCAUAUCAA